GGAAUUGGACCCCCCCCCACUCGCUGAGGAAGUAAAUUCCAGGCACCAAGAAGCCUCGUGGGGAGGGAUUCUCCCUGAAGCCCCAGGGACACACCUUUUGCUGCUGAAGUGUGUGGGCCCUGGUUCCCUACCCCCUUCAAUCAGAGAAACUCUUCAGUGUUACUCCUGACCUGGCACACGCUGAAGAUGCAGAGCCAGGAACCUGUGAAGGUAUAACAUGGUUAUCAAGAUAUUUUUUCCAAGUUGCUGCUCUGAAGCAGAAAGUGGUCUCCUAAUAGGUCGUUGGAUUCCAGAGCAGAAUGCUGCAGUUGUCCUGGCAAUCUUUCACUAUCCUUUCAUACCUGGCCAGGUGAAACAGUGCCUUGAGCAGAUCAGAGCUCUAACUAACGUAGAAGUUUCUGUGCUCGGGUCCUGGAACAGCUAUGACUCUCGGGCGAAAGAAGACCUCAGCCAGUUUCUGGAAGACCUGAGUUCCAUCUUUCCCCAUGAUCUGUGGUUCCAGUUGACACAGGGGAAAGAAAGAAAGUCAGUUUUUGACUAUCACGUGGUUCAAAAAGGCAACAAGAACAACAAGAAAAAUGUUAUCUUAAUCUACUAUGAUCAACGCAAAGUUAUGCUGUCAAAAUUGCAUCCUUUGGACAUUACAAUUCCCGAAGAUGAUGAUCAUGCUGGAGUGAUGUCAGAAGUUUUUGCCUCAGACUUUGCCACAGUAUUUGAUACUGUGGCUAAAUGCGAGUCAUUUUUUGUGAUUGAUAAAUAUGAUGAAACAGUGAUUAAGUUUACUCAUUGGCAGUCGGAAGGGAGAGAAGCUAGUGUCGUUGUGGAACUUGUGAAACAAGCAUCAGUACCUGUGUGUGUGAUAUUUUCCUUCCUGCUGUCUUUUAUAUCCAGUGUCUGCAAAAGCAGAGUGUUGAAUAUGUGGCCCCUGUGUUUUUUAUGGAGUAAACUCUCAACCUGUGUGCAGCUUGCACACCGCUUGGAUCACGUGCAAACUAUCACAACAACUACAAAAGCACAGAAUCACAUGGAGUUUAUGAGAAAAGCCAACCUCUUUGUUUCAUUCCUAAUUGAUGUGGGUCUUGGAUUGUUGUUGAUCUCCUGGCUUUAUCAGAAGAAUCGUAUUGGCCAGCUCGCAGAUGCCCUUGUUCCAGUUGCUGAUCACGUUGCCAAGGAGUUGCAGGAACUGCUAGAGUGGCUAAUGGGAGCUCCUGCUGGUUUAAAGAUGAACAAAGCACUUGACGAAGUGUUGGGGCGUUUUUUCCUGUAUCACAUACACCUUUGGAUAAGUUAUAUCCAUUUGAUGUCUCCAUUUAUUGAGAUGAUCCUGUGGUACGUUGGAUUAGCAGCAUGUCUUGGCUUGACUGUUGCUUUGUCCGUUGUUUCAGACAUCAUUGCUCUGCUGACUUUUCACAUCUACUGCUUUUAUGUAUAUGGGGCCAGACUCUACUGUUUGAAGAUCUAUGGCUUAUCAUCUCUUUGGCGAUUAUUCAGAGGAAAGAAAUGGAAUGUUCUGAGGCAGCGUGUGGAUUCCUGCUCAUAUGACUUGGAUCAGUUGUUUAUUGGAACCCUGCUGUUCACCAUUCUACUCUUCCUCUUGCCAACUACAGCCCUCUACUACCUUGUGUUUACACUGUUAAGGUUGGUGGUGGUUGUCGUCCAGGGUCUCAUUCACUUGCUUGUGGAUUUCAUUAACUCUCUCCCAUUGUACGCAUUAGGACUCAGACUGUGCCGACCUUAUAGGCUUGCAGCUGGUGUUAAGUUUGAAGUUUUUCAGACGGUUGCUGACAAACCUCUUCGCUUGUUAAUGCAGAUUAAUCCCCUGACCUAUGGGAUGAUAAUCAGAUAUUACAGACUGCCAACUUACAGCUGUUAUCCAAAGGACUCGUGGACAACACUGUGUCAGAAACUGUUCCUUGGGGAGCUGGUUUAUCCCUGGAAACACAAAACAGAGAAACAAGACUGAGAAAAUACAGCCAUAAGGCAGCAGUCCUAUGAAUAUGUCCAUGUCUAAUAGCCUGCAUUAUGUCUGCAUUGCCAUUUGUUUCAAAGAGGAGAGGUUACUCUUUGAUUUUUUUUUAUUAUAAAAGUUAUAAAUUUGAAAUCACUGAUUGUUGCUAGUGCCAAAAUUAUGCUGCAAAAUUUUAAGUAGAUUGACAUAGUUUGUUAAAUAUCAAAAUUGAGAAAGCUUAAAAUGUCAUUUGGGAUAUGAAGGAACCGUGUCUCAAAUUACAAUUUCACACUUUUACCUCUUUUGUUACAACAAAUGCAUUUCCAGUCCCUGUAUAUUGGGUGCAAUUUUCAAGUUCUGUAAGAAUGCUUUUCAAUUUGCUGUCAGCUUGAAGCAUUAUUGCACUGUUUUUAGACAGAUCACUUUUUAUACUUUAUACUUUCUGUUUGUGUUUUGUAACAUCCUCCGCCUUAGUCUCUUAGUAUAAUUUCUGAAUAACAUGCUCAUUUUCAGUGAACAGCCAUACCUCCAUCAGUUUCAUAUUGAGCCAAAUUAAUGUACUCAAAUCUAAAUUGUAGGAUAUUAUUUUUGUGUUAAUUGCAGAGGAAGUUAAAAGGGAAACUCCAUACAUUUUUCUGAUUUCUGUCAAAUGUUCAGAAGGUUAUUGCCCUGUUUGGUGGAACAAUCAAGCUAAAUAUUUGAUAUUUUAUAUCUCACCAUUGUUGACAAUAUUGUUUUCCAGGGAUUCACAAGAUUAACCUUAGUAAUUUUUUAAACUACGAUAUACAAUGCCUUUAAACUAUGUUUCUGUAAUUUAUAAAAUACUCUAUUUUAGGUACAUUACCAUAUAAUACCUUGUGUUCAUUGAGUUGCCUAAGGUCAAUUGGGUACCCAUUUUCCACAAAGCACUUAGAGUCAUAGAGAUGUACAGCAUGGAAACAGACCCUUCGGUCCAACUUGUCAAUGCUGACCAGAUACCCUAAAUUAAUUGAGUCCCAUUUGCCAGCACUUGGCCCUUAUCCCUCUAAACCCUUCUUAUUUGUAUAUCCAUUCAGAUGCCUUUUAAAUAUUGUAAGUAUACCAGCCUCCACCACUUCUUCCAGCGUAUUGCAUACAUGCACCAUUCUCUGCAGUCCUUUUAAAUCUUUCCCCUCUCACCUUAAACCUAUGCUAGUUUUGGACGUAUACAAAAUCUGUUCAUUGGCAAGUUUCUGAAGGAUCCUGAACAGGGUUAGAGAACUUCUGGAGUAUCCAACAAAUCAUAAUACUGAACAUCACGUUGUCCUGAUUUCCCUGAAAGCAUACACUGUAACGGCGGAAGUUUGUACAACAUUGUACACUGUACCAUGUCUUGGCACAAAAUACCUGAGAGACCUUUCCUGGAAAUCUUUCUCACUUAAUGUAGCUUCACCCCUCCCUUUGCAAAAGAGAGUUUCACUCAGAGUUACUGAAUUUCAAAAUUCUGAAUGGCUGUAAACUGCUCAGAGGUUUUUGGCGGAUUAGAAUUAUCUUCUCUGAAAUUAUGUUUCUGAUGUUUAUUGGCAACGUUGUUUUCUCCUCACUGAGAUCAGCAGUAUUUUUUUUGUAUCUGUGAAUGCAUAUUCAUGGCAUUACACUAAGUUGCAUCACAAAUUGAAAACUUCUGUAGUUGCAUUUUUAUGCAUUCUGUUCCAAAUAUGGGUGAAUUAUGGUACAGUGGUUGCACACUUUGUAAUUUUUAUGCAUAAAUUGGGACUUGAAGAGGAAAUAAUGGUUUUCCACAGACCCCAAUUUCUCUAAUGAUGUUGUGCUAGUUUUUAUGUUCUGAGAUUCUCAGAGUUUUGUCAUAACUCUCCAGAACAGCAUAAAUUCCAGGCUAUAACUGUGAUGGAAAAUAUUCCUCAUUCUCCAUAGAGUCACAGAUGUACAGCAUGGAAACAGACCCUUCCAUGCAAUUUGUCCACGCUGACCAGAUAUCCGAAUCUAACUGGUUCACAGUUCGAUUCUCCAGUAUGUCGAGAGUAAUAGGCGUUUCAUCCAUGUUUCCAAGACUUACAACACGGAAAUAGACCCUUCCAUCCAACUCAUCUGUGCUGACCAGGUAUGCUAACCUAAUCCAGCCCCAUUUACCAGCACUUGGCCCAUAUCCCUAUAGACUCUUCCUAUCCAGAUGCCUUUUAAAUGUUGUAUUAGCCUCCACCACUUCCUGUGGCAGCUCAUUCCAUACAUGCAGCUCCCUCUGCGUGAAAAAGUUGCUCCUUGGGUCCCUUUUUAAAUCUUUCCCCUCUCAUCCAAAACCCUCCAGUUCUGGACUCCCCCAACUCUUGCAGCAUUGUUGCUUUACGAAUUAUGCUUCUCUGGUUUUUACAGAGGGUCAAAUGUAUAAGAAAUGAUUAAUUGAGUGAAUAAAAUCCGA